GUGAAAACUUUUGCGGAGGCUGUGCCAUCGCUGUGGUUCCAGAUCUCACUGGUCGGUUUGACGUAUGACACUGCCAGCACAGAAAACCUUGUAGUGACCUUCGCGUCCAUCGCCACUGGGAUGCUGACCGUGGGACAUGUUCUCUUCCUGGAGACAUCCGUGCUUCGCCACUUGUGCCACCUCGGAGAGCUUCUGGUCUUGAAGCAAUGGGCGCUUUUGCUCGCCUAUGCAGGGACGUUCUGCUGCUGGUCAGUCUGCGUUGUGCGCCUCUUGGGUGUGUUCCUUUGUCCAGGACACAUCCUCAAUGUCGAAUCUGGCUGCCUACCAGCGAAGCUCUGA